AUGUUCAAAUCAUCAAUCUUAACAUCUGCUCGUUCUUUUUCGUCGUCAGCCACCAGAAAUGCGUUUGCCAAGAUGCAAUUGCUCGGAACAGUAGGCAGCGUCAAUACUCGUGAAACUAAAGAUGGUUUGCAAUUUAUCAACUACUCGUUGGCCGUUAACAGAUAUAGUCCAAGUGAAGCUGAUAACCGUACAACCGAUUGGUUCAAUAUUUCCGUGUUCAACGAGCGCCACAUUGAAUUUUUCAACAAUUAUUUGAAACCGGGAAUGCAAUUGUACGUUGAGUGCGAUGUUAGACAAAGGGUGUUGGAGGACGAGAAUGGUGAGAACCGCCAUCUGGUGACCAACUUGAGACAACUUAGCUACGAUGUAGUUCGGUUUGCCAAGAGAGAGGAAGAGUCCGAAUCGUGA